CCUUAGAUGUGUCCUUGUCAGAGGACGUUUAUGUUGUGAAGCGCUCUGCAGACCCCAUAGUAGAUAUGAAGAACAAUUCAAGGACCUUCUCUGAAUCUAUAGUUCUUCAACAGCCUUAAAACAGCUCUGUUUCUAAUAAAUAAUCUCUCGCUAUCUGGGGAUGGUGGACAAUAUCCAAGGCCAAAUCUUUCCCCAUGCUCAGCACAGACAGAACUGAUGUAAUUUCACUCCUUGCAAGCCAUCUUCUAAGACCGUAACACUUACUAAUGUGUGAAGGAAGGCCUGGCUCCCAAAGAACCUCCACAUCCAAUGAGAGAAACUUUGAAGGACGCUGCUGAGAUAACGUUUGUCCCCAUGGAGACGGAGUCCGAGAAGUUCCUGUCACACAAGCCUGCUGUUUCGAUAGAAAAUGAAAUUCCGGAGAAGAGCUGCUCCCAGACUCCCUACACUAGCCCAGAAGACGCUAAUGCCUAUGAGAAAAGCCUGCCAUCUUAUGAACAGAUCCAGAGGAAAGCAAAGGGCUCUGUGGAAUGUCUGGGGAUUCAAAUGGCCCCACUCCUAGGUGACUGUGAGCUCAAGCCAAGAGGAUGUCCCCAUUCCUUUGUACAGGCCAAGGCUGAGGUCCACAGGAUCUCAGAGAACAAUGGAGAAACGCACAGAGAUCCAGCAACCCAAGUGGUCACAGCAGCAAUCAGCAGCCCAUCAGAGAGGUCCCGCAGGGCAGCGCCGCUGGCUUCCUUCCCGGAUGACACCGACCUUCCCUCUUCGGAGGGAUCCACUUCCGGCAGUCUGUUUCUGGGGGGAUCCACCAACUCACUGAGGAAUCCACUCCCAUCACAGGGGCACACCCAGAAGCCCAGGGCUGAGCUUCCUCGCUAUGAAGAUUUUGCCCUGAUUGAUUCACCGCUGGCGGAAGGGUGGCGUCCAAGCCAGGAGCAAACACCGGCCCUACCCCAGAACUACCCAUCUGGGGCUGCCUCAGCAAGACAGUUUGCACUGGUCUCAGGUCCUGGUUCAAAGGCAGCAGAGUCAGGAGAGAGACAGAGUGUGGGAGAGGACGACAUGUAUUAUGGGUUAAAAGAGGGGCCGGAGAAUUUACUGAUAGCGGAUGAUUUUGUCUUUGAGCCGGAGACCUAACCCCGGAGAGGGGAAAGUGACCGUCAGAGACAGGCCCAGGUUGCAGAGCUCAAGUGCUGCUCAAUAUCUCAAGUGCCUCGCAGAUCAGCCCUGCUCAGACUGGGGGUCGGGGGCAGCUUGCUGGGAGGCCACAGCCAGCUGCAGGGUUUGUGGCUGUUCGGUCGGGUCCUGGCUCCUGGGAGUGCGCUGGUUUGUAGGGGGAAGAUAGGAUGUUUGGAACAUUAAAAAAAGGUUUGAUUCAUUACGGAAAACAC